UAUUGAACUCAUCGUACUUGUUUCUCCUCCCUACAAAAGGUUUUUUAUACUGCCCUGCCUCUCUACUGCUAUCAGGGAGUGUUAUGGUGCCCUUUGACCAGUCCUCUCCUCUCCCCUUCCUGAGAUAAAUCCUGUGCCCAAUCCCUUGCAUUCCCCAUAGGAAAGCAAAGUCCAAUUUAACUAUCCCUAGGAGAUCAAAGGUCUUCAUUGCUGAUAUUAGCAAGCCAGUUGAGACUGCUGACACUCCUGUGCUAGGAAUGAGCUACAAAGGACUUCUGCCAGUCAGCAAGAUGUGCCGCCUUUCACAGUGAUGGCCAAGCGACUUCUAGUGGCUGUUGCCUUCUGGGCUCUGGGAGGCCCUGUUGGACUCCAUCAUCUUUACCUGGGCCGGGAUAACCAUGCGCUUUUGUGGAUGCUGACCUUGGGGGGCUUUGGUUUUGGGUGGCUGUGGGAAUUGUGGAUGCUGCCUGGUUGGGUGGCACAGGCCAACCAUCCUCUGGAGAAAUGCUAUAAUGAUCCUCCAAGUUUCAACCCUGUGCGCUUCCUUGGCCAAGCCUUGGUUGGCAUCUACUUUGGGUUAGUGGCCCUUGUUGGUCUCUCAACUCUACCUGGCUUUUACAUUCUGGCUCUUCCUCUGGCUGUGGGCCUUGGAGUUCACCUGGUAUCUGCAGUUGGCAACCAAACUUCUGAUCUUCAGGCUACACUGAUGGCUGCUUUCGUAACUGCACCCAUCUUUUAUGGUCGUGCUGUGGCCAUUUUGCCCAUCAGUCUCACCACGAGUGUGACAGCCCAGCGGCACCGGCAAUACAGAGCUACCAGAGCUACCCGUGAGAAGCUUAGUGCCCGACUGUAUAGGUUGGGCCUGGCCUAUUUGGCUUUUACAACACCAUUAGCCUACAGUGCCUUCUACAACACGGCUGCUACUGCCACCUAUGUAGCCAGCAGUAUUGGAACUGUGCUGGAUUGGCUCAGUGCAUUUCCAUCGCUGACAGGCAUCCUGGAGUCUGUUCUUCUCCUACCUUAUCAUGCCUGGAAGAUGCUGGGUUUCAGUGGUGGUACCUUCAAAGAUUGGGAGAAAGUUUUUGUUUUUGUGCAGUCUUUCCAGAGCGAGAGGCAGCGGAUGGCUUACAAGGUCUUAGGCAUCCACGAUGAUGCGACACUUGAAGAAAUCAACAAGAGCUACCGGGAGCUGGUGAAGCUUUGGCAUCCAGAUCACAAUCGGCACCAAAUGGAAGAAGCAGAGAAACGAUUUAUUGAGGUGCAGGCUGCCUAUGAGCUUCUCAUGGAAAUGAGGAAACACAAAGCUGUAUGACUGGACGCAAUAACUUUCUUGCCUUUAUAUAUUUGGGGAGCAAAGUGUAUCUUUUGAAGCUGUCAUUCACAGAGUACAAGAUGGGGGCUUUCUUUGGAGACAAGAGAUAUUUCUUUUCAGCUGCUGGCUGGAGGAUCUGGGACCUAUUAAAAAAAUUGUCCAAGCUCCAUCUGGAACAUAGAGAAUACAGAGACUAUAACAAGCCACUUUGUUCAUAUGCCAUCCUUCUAUUUGCCAAGAAUGUCAAGGAUGAAAUAAAGAAAUUUAAAGAGAGAAAUGUUUUCCCAUUCACUGUAUCUGUUAUCUGAAAAUUUUGUAAUACUUUAGUGUAGCAUGAACCUUCUCUUCACCUUUCUCUUCAGGUUGCCCAUCCUUUGACACAGGAAAAUAAUGAGCACUGUCAAUCUUUGUUUUUCUAUAGAGGAUACUUCUAUUGAAUAGUAUGGGCUGUUUUUAUUGAGCUGUUAACACUCUGCUGGCAUGUACUAUCUAUUUUGACUUCAGAAUCUUGUAAAACAGAAACCAGGCAAGUACCAUUUAUUUUUAUUUAUAGCACUUUAAAACAUUUAUGUUUAAUGGGUUGCUGUGUGUUUUCCAGGCUGUAUGACCAUGUUCCAGAAGCAUUCUCUCUUGACGUUUCACCCACAUCUAUGGCAGGCAUCCUGACAACCUCUGCCAUAGAUGUGGGCAAAAGGUCAGGAGGGCAUGUUUCUGGAACAUGGCCAUACAGCCUGGAAAACUCACAGCAACCCAGUGAUUCCAGCCAUAAAAGCCUUCAACAAUUUAUGUUUAGUGUUUCUUUUGUAUUAAUUCUCACUAUUAAUUUAUUAUGAUAACUUAUGUGUAUUUCUAAGCCCUCUUGAGAAAUUUUUUACUGAAAAGACCAGAUUCAGAUUCCUUAAAGAGGUAAGCAGUUAUUCUUGGAGUUGUGGUUUAGUAUGCAGUCCAACAAGAAAACAUGGCUCACUGGAAAAUCCAAUAGCGCUGGGAAAGGCUAAAGGCAAUAGGAAAAGUAAAAUACAGUAGAGUCUCACUUAUCCAACACUGGCUUAUCCAACAUUUUGGAUUAUCCAACGCAUUUUUGUAGUCAACGUUUUCAAUAAAUCGUGAUAUUUUGGUGCUAAAUUCGUAAAUAACAGUAAUUACUACAUAGCAUUGCUGCAUAUUGAACUAUUUUUUCUGUCAAAUUUGUUGUAUAACAUGAUGUUUUGCUGCUUAAUUUGUAAAAUCAUAACCUAAUUUGAUGUUUAAUAGGCUUUUCCUUAAUCCCUCCUUAUUAUCCAACAUAUUCGCUUAUCCAACGUUCUGCUGGCCCGUUUAUGUUGGAUAAGUGAGACUCUACUGUACUGCAUUAUAGAUGGAUUGACUCAAUUAAAGAAGUUAUAUCUCCGAGUAAGACCAGAGCCAGAUUGUUUAUAACAGCAUCUCUUGAAGUUCUGACAUUCAUAGGAUUGCCAUGUUGAAGCUGACUUGAUAGUACAUAAUCACAAUGCCAAUGUAGAUUGUUGCUGUGUAAACUUACUACAGAGUCAGCCUCAUUGAAUCUAGUGGGGUUUCCUUGAAGCAACUCCACUUAAUAUUGCAGCUUUGGAUCCUGCAUGUUUCAACUGUACUCUGAUUAAAACCAAUUGUUUUAUAAAUGA